AUGAAUAACUCUCAACAAGACACUACCACCUGUAAAGUCUUGUAUGAUUUUAAAGCGGAUGGAGAGAAUGAAUUGAGUGUGUCUAAGGGGGAAAUAGUAAGGCUAAUAAGUAUUCAUGGAGAAUGGAUGAUGGUUGAAAAGAUGACCAAACCUUUUCAAAAGGGAUAUGUUCCCACAUUGUAUAUUAGUUUAAGGAAUUCUGCUACUACUUCCGAAUCGAGAUCAGCCUCUUCUCGGAAAUCAUCAAAAAGCAAUGUAUCAUCCUCCACUGUCAAAAAGGAUCAGCAAAACAAUUCAUCAUCUGUAAUUUCAAAUAAUUCUGAAAAGCAAUCCAUUCCUUCUGACGUGCAACCAUCAUCAACCUCAAAACAACAAGCUUCCGAAGAAGGCACAGUGGCAGCUACCUCAAACUCUAAGGACAUAAGCACAGAUGCCCAACUAUCUGUCGGCAAUUCCACUACUACUAUAGCAGAAAACAAAACCUCCAACUCAACACAACAAAAUGUAACGCUCCCAUCCACUGUUGAUUCAGUCUCUACACAAGCGACAAUCAUUGGAUCAAAGAACAUGUCAGAACAAAAUGCAAAAAGAAACGUGGCAACUCCAUCCCAAAAUUUGGGCAAAACCGCAAGAUCCACGAAGAGCAUGACAUAUGCAACCAAAAUAGGAAAUGAGUUAGAAGAGUCCCUCUCUGUUCUGCAGGCGUAUGAAGCCAACGAAAAGAUUUUCAAACAAACCUUGCAACAAAGAGAGGAAGCUUUCAAAAGAAUUGAACAAAAACUCGACAAGAUAUGUCAAGAUGUCAAUGAGUUUCAGCAACGAAAUGAUCUGUUAAUUGAAAGAAUUAAAAAUUUAGACAAUAGAAUAGAAAAUGACAGACUGAGAUUAAUAGAGGGCAUAACAGAACCAUUGGAAUCCGAAAUAAUGAAUGAACCUAAAACAAUUACCAAAACUCCAAUUUUUAUUGAAAGAAAAAGAAGGACUCUUGCAAAUCUUCAAACUCCUUUAAACUAG